GAAAUUUAAAAGAUAAUAUAUUCUUGCAUCAUAAAUCUCGACUUUGCUUUUUGACUUGUGUAAAACGCAAGGCAGACGCAGAGGCGAAGUCGGAUAGAUAGAGAUAUCAAUUAUCAAAUCGAAACCCAAAUUCCGAGGGCGCACUCAAUGGAUCCCGACGCCGUGGCAAAGGCAUUCGUCGACCACUACUACUCCACUUUUGAUGCUAAUCGGGCCGGGCUUGCGAGCCUGUAUCAGGAGGGCUCUAUGCUCACCUUCGAGGGCGAGAAGAUCUUGGGAUCCCAGAAUAUCGUCACAAAGCUCACAAACUUGCCUUUUCAGCAGUGCCAGCAUCGGAUCACCACCGUUGAUUGCCAGCCAUCUGGCCCCGCUGGCGGAAUGCUUGUUUUUGUGUCCGGUAAUCUCCAGCUUGGGGGCGAGCAGCACGCCCUCAAGUUCAGUCAGCUGUUGUUGUUACCUUGUUGGUCAUAGAUGUUCCAUUUGAUGCCGAUUCCUCAAGGAAGCUUCUAUGUGCUGAACGACAUAUUCCGUUUGAAUUAUGCCUGAUGAUGAUGAACAUGAGGAUAUGGGAGUGAUGGGAGCUGAAACAAUCAACAACUACACUCUCCCUACCCUAUCUCUCUACCAUUAAACCCUCUGUAUUCCCAAGUUGCUUUCUUUAAUGGAUUAAACGAAAUCCAUGUGUUUCCAAGCUCUUUUUUUUUUUUUUUUUUAUUUUAAUUAUCGUCUUGCAUAUUUGCUGGCUGGCACUGGUUGCAUCAAAGCAUGUGUUCCCAAAGUGAAUUCUUUGAAAGAUUUGCUAUCAUGUUCGUGUACCUAAAUUGCUUUGUGUUAUUAUCAUGUAUGUUCCGUUCCAAGCACAGAGUUGGUAUAAAGCUACUAGAGAGCAGUUUAUGCAUUCUAGAACCAGUAAUGUUUCCUUUA